CGUGACCCUAAUUAGAGGCGAGGGUCGGUGGCCUGCGGCGGCCGCCAUGACCCAGGCGGAAAAAGGGGAUGCGGAGAACGGGAAGGAGAAGGGCGGGGAGAAGGAGAAGGAGCAGCGCGGCGUGAAGCGGCCCAUCGUGCCCGCGCUGGUGCCAGAGUCGCUGCAGGAGCAAAUCCAGAGCAACUUCAUAGUUGUGAUACAUCCAGGUUCAACGACUCUGAGGAUCGGGCGAGCCACAGACACACUUCCUGCCAGCGUCCCACAUGUCAUUGCGAGAAGACACAAGCAGCAAGGGCAGCCUCUGUACAAGGACAACUGGCUCCUGAGGGAGGGACUAAAUAAACCUGAAAGUAAUGAACAGCGGCAAAAUGGCCUUAAGAUGGUGGAUCAGGCAAUAUGGUCCAAAAAGAUGUCAAAUGGCACAAGACGGAUCCCUGUGUCCCCCGAACAGGCGCGGUCCUACAAUAAACAGAUGCGACCUGCAAUAUUAGAUCACUGUUCCGGAAAUAAGUGGACAAACACAUCUCAUCAUCCUGAAUUUCUGGUAGGAGAAGAGGCCUUGUAUGUCAAUCCACUGGACUGUUACAAUAUUCACUGGCCUAUCAGAAGGGGUCAGCUAAAUAUUCACCCUGGACCUGGGGGCUCCCUUACAGCUGUUCUGGCGGAUAUUGAAGUGAUUUGGUCUCAUGCGAUACAAAAAUACUUGGAAAUUCCACUGAAAGAUUUAAAGUAUUACAGAUGUAUCUUGUUAAUUCCUGAUAUCUAUAAUAAACAGCAUGUGAAAGAAUUAGUAAAUAUGAUCUUAAUGAAGAUGGGUUUUUCAGGGAUUGUGGUCCACCAGGAAUCUGUGUGUGCUACCUUUGGAAGUGGCUUAAGCAGCACGUGUAUUGUGGACGUUGGGGACCAGAAGACAAGCGUCUGCUGUGUGGAAGAUGGGGUUUCUCAUCGGAACACUCGGCUCUGCCUGGCUUAUGGAGGAUCUGAUGUGUCAAGAUGUUUCUACUGGCUGAUGCAGCGAGCUGGGUUCCCUUACAGAGAAUGCCAGCUAACAAACAAAAUGGAUUGCCUUCUACUGCAGCACCUUAAAGAAACUUUUUGCCACUUAGAUCAGGACAUCUCUGGGCUUCAAGACCACGAGUUUCAGAUUCGACAUCCAGAUUCCCCGGCCCUACUUUACCAGUUUCGAUUAGGAGAUGAAAAACUCCAGGCUCCCAUGGCUCUGUUUUACCCGGCAACAUUUGGCAUCGUCGGACAGAAAAUGACGACUUUGCAGCACAGAUCCCAGGGUGACCCCGAGGACCCACACGAUGAGCACUACCUGCUGGCCACACAGAGCAAGCAAGAGCAGUCUGCAAAAGCUACUGCUGACCGAAAAUCUGCCUCCAAACCAAUUGGAUUCGAAGGGGAUCUCCGUGGUCAGUCCUCUGAUCUUCCAGAGAGACUCCAUCCCCAGGAAGUGGAUUUGGGAGCAUCCCAGGGCGACUGCCUCAUGGCUGGGAAUGACUCUGAGGAAGCCCUCACUGCACUCAUGUCCCGGAAAACUGCCAUCUCACUGUUUGAAGGCAAAGCCCUGGGCCUGGAUAAAGCCAUCCUUCACAGCAUAGACUGCUGCUCAUCUGAUGAUACCAAAAAGAAGAUGUACAGCUCCAUCCUUGUGGUGGGAGGCGGUUUGAUGUUUCAUAAAGCCCAAGAAUUUCUGCAGCAUAGAAUUCUCAACAAAAUGCCACCUUCAUUUAGGAGAAUUAUUGAAAAUGUGGACGUGAUCACAAGGCCCAAGGACAUGGAUCCCCGGCUGAUUGCAUGGAAAGGAGGGGCAGUGUUGGCCUGUCUGGAUACAACCCAGGAACUAUGGAUUUACCAGCGAGAAUGGCAGCGCUUUGGGGUCCGCAUGUUGCGGGAGCGAGCCGCUUUUGUCUGGUAAAAUGAUCAGAAAAAGCCACUGUUGAGACCAAAGACGCCUCUUGAUAUAUAAAAACUUUUAUAGAACAUGGUUUUUAAUUUAUUGGUUUAUGUGCUAAAAUUCAUGAAAAGAAAUAAAUAAAAUUUAACUUUUA